UUUAAAGAUAAAGAGUACAAUAAUUUCACAUCUCAUUAUUAGUAAAUUAUUGUAACAUUUAAUUUAUUUAAUCUUACCUUUACACGCAACGACGUUGAUAAUGUAGAGAGGGAAUGGGGAGAGAGAAGUGUAGGGAUAAAAAUAUUUGGAUACUUUCGGAGAAGUUAGUACUUUAUGAAGUUUCAUAUUAUUCAAUUAUUAUGUUAUUAAUAUCAUUUUGAAUUAGACUAUGUAUUUCUGUAUCUUAUUAUAUAUUUUUUUCUAAUAAUUAUUUUCUUUACCUUCUUCCAGAAUCUGCAAAGUG